AUGAACUGCUCUAUCGCAUCCGAAGAUACUUUCGGGCCUCAGGCUCGAGACUGCUAUGGCGGCUACGACUUUACUCUGCUGUUCGAGGAGUCUGUGAUGACGAUCGGCCCAAUCGGACUUUUACUUCUUUGUCUUUUCCCUAGAGUGGUCUACCUACACAGAAAGGAACCGAGAGAUGGAAGUAAAGAUGGCGCUUAUACGGCCAAACUCAUCAGCUACGGGUGGUUUGCUGCCAUCCAAACGGCUAUUUUAGUAUCGUGGACAUCAAGUAGUGAACCCGUGACACGCACGACUAUUCCAGCUGCGGUGCUCAGUCUGGUCGCUGCUAUUAUGCUCGGUGUCGCAUCGCAAUUUGAACACACGCGCUCUGUGAAACCACCCCUUCUCACCGAAAUCUACCUCCUUCUUACCAUUGCCUUCGAUGCCGUUCGACUACGCACGCUAUGGGGUGUUGGGUAUCAGGGUCACAUAUUCAAGCUAUUAACUAUCUCGGUUGUGUGGAAGUUGGUCUUACUCGUGCAGGAGGCCUGGCCUCGGGCGCUUGGUACAUUGGAACAGUCAUACAGUCCUGAAGAGAAGGUCGGGUGGAUCAACCGGCGCAUGUUUUGGUGGGUUAAUCCGUUACUGUUUCUGGGCUCCAAGAAAGAUCUACAAGCGGAUGAUCUCUUCACUCUAAACCGGUCCUUGCAGUCUGAAGUUUGUUCGAAAAGCUUCUCCAAGGUGUGGCAGAAUUCAAGCCCGGAAAGAAAAGGCAAGAAAAAUGGACUUCUCUGGAUUAUGGCGUGGGAGCACAAGCUGGUUCUUCUCACUGCCGUUAUUCCUCGACUGUGCUUCACGGCUUUCACCUUCACCCAGCCGUUUCUUAUCGAUGCGGUCGUCAAGUACCUGCAGACUGUGUCGGAGAAACACAAUCGCAAGGAUGGAUAUGGGCUGCUUGGUGCAUAUAUCAUUGUAUACGUCGGUUUAGGGAUUUCCGAAGCAUGUUACCAGCAUAUCACAUACCGUACUAUCGUCCUCAUGAGGGGUUGCCUUGUGCCGCUAAUCUAUGAGAAGACGCUCUCCAUGGAUCCGAGAUCCGCCGAAGAAUAUGCACCAGUAACGUUGAUGAGCGCUGACAUUGAAAAGAUAGCCUUUGGUAUGCGCUACAUGCAUGAAGCUUGGGGUAAUAUUAUCGAAAUUGCUUUGGCACUGUGGCUGCUAUAUCGCGAGCUAAACUAUGGAGGACUGAGUCCUAUCCUUAUUGCAGUCGUGUGUGGAGCUACUGCUGCAACCAUGGCACCGGCUGUCGGGCGACGUCAGGCGACUUGGGUUGAGGGCAUACAAAAGAGAAUCGACGUCACGACAUACAUGAUCAACUCCAUGAAGAGCUUGAAGUUGGAAGGUCUUACCCCUUGGUUCAUGGAUUUUGUACAAGAUUUGCGAGUUCAGGAGAUAGGAUACGCUAAUCGCUUCCGAUCCUUUCUUAUAUACGCCGUCAGCUUGUCAUUCGGAACUUCAGUCAUAUCGCCCGUGGUCGGCUUCGGUAUAUUCAUCGCCUUAUCACGAUCUGACAAUGGCCCGGAGCUGACCACCGCAAGGGCAUUUACAACUCUGUCUCUGUUUUCAGUCCUUCAGAACCCAAUGUCAAUGCUACUGCAAUCGGUACCUAACCUCAUUUCAGCCGUUGGAUCUAUCGAGCGUGUCCGUGUGUUCCUGAUGACAGAGAACACCAAAGAAGUCGGCUUCCUCAGCUCCUUUACCUCCGAGCAAACCUUGUUCCCAGAAAUGGAAAACCUCCGAGAUAUGGAAUUGAAGGAUACAGAGAUGGAGAAUGCAGUCGAGGCGCUGAACUGGAGUGUGGGAUGGGUAUCUACUCGCGAGCCGGUUGUGAAACGAAUGACUUUCAAGAUCCGCCCGUCUACGCUAACGAUCAUUACGGGCCCAACUGGGUGUGGGAAGUCGACUUUGCUGGCUGGUAUGAGGGGCGAGACAGCCGUCACAAAAGGGUACAUGAAGUGUCGCUAUUCGUCUGCCGCAUUCUGUAGUCAAGAUCCAUGGCUCCAGAACGGAACAGUUCUGAGUAAUAUCCUUGGCCCUGCGACCUAUGAGCCGCGGUGGUUCCGGGAGGUCACGCAAGCUUCUGGGUUGAGGCAAGACCUAAGGUCGAUGCCGUUGGGUGUUCAGACGGUUGUGGGAAGUAAAGGACUGUCAUUGAGCGGUGGUCAGAAGCAUCGAGUGGCACUUGCUAGAGCGCUUUAUUCACGACAGCCCUUGUUGCUCCUCGAUGAUAUAUUUAGCGGGUUCGAUGCGGACACAGAGAAGCUAGUAAUAGCUCGGCUAUUCGGUCAAGGUGGCUUUUGUCGGAAACACAACCUGACAACCAUCCUUGCAACCCAUUCCACUCGCCUUGCCUCCUCCGCUGACUACACCAUCACGCUCGACAGCAAAGCCCGUUUCUCAGAAAAGGAGGAUUCAAUUGUUUCCAGCCUCCCCGGCCCUAGCGGAGGAGACUUCCUCCCAGAGCCCAUCAUGAGCGAUGCAAGACUGAGCUGGAUUGUGAGGCAGUCUAAUCCCGAUGUACCGCACGAACUUGCCGCACAGCUUGAAACAUCUGAUGCUAGCCGCCGGACAGGCGAUGUGACAAUUUAUAAGUACUAUCUUGAAAUGGUUGGAAUACUUAACUCUGUGGUAUUCUUUAUCGCGGUCGCGAUAUUCACUAUCAGUUUGGCAUUUCCAAGUGUUUGGGUCCAGUGGUGGGCUGCUGCGAACGAAAAGCACCCAUACGAGGACCUUGGAAUCGCUCCGAUAUCUUUCUUCCAUACGACAGAUUCUGGCGUGACUACAAACAAGUUCAGUCAAGACAUGCAACUGGUGGAUAUGGAGUUACCACUUGCCCUUGUCGAGACGAGCGUUGCCCUCAUGUCUGCAAUAGCACAGCUCCUAAUAGUUUUCAUCACUGGAAAAUACCUUGCAGCCAUCAUCCCGCUAUGCCUGGCAGUCUUCUACUUUCUCCAAAAGUUCUACCUCAGAACCUCGCGCCAGCUACGGUUUAUGGAGCUAGAAGCUAAAUCUCCUCUCUACUCUAAUUUCAUGGAGACCGUGAACGGACUGGUAACCAUACGUGCGUUCGGCUGGCAAGCUAACUUUCUUGAGAAUAUCUGCGGUUUAACAGAUGCAUCGCAACGGCCGUAUUACUUGCUCUUCGUUAUCCAAAGAUGGCUCACUCUCGUCCUUGACAUGGUCGUGGCAGGAAUGGCGACGCUGAUUGUUGGCAUUGCAGUCGGCGCUCCUGGGUCUAUUGGAGCUGGUUCUGCGGGACUGGGGCUACUGAAUAUCAUUAAUGUGAGCGAAAGUCUGAAGCAGCUUAUUUCGAACUGGACUGUUUUGGAGACAUCAAUCGGAGCAGUGUCGCGUGUCAGACAGUUUCAGGAUGAUGUUCAGCCUGAGGAUAGGCCAGAUGGACAUAUUGAAAUACCGGCGCGCUGGCCGGAGAGGGGUGACAUUAAGUUCUUCAAUGUCACUGCUUCUUAUAGACCCGAUAGCGAACCAAUUCUCAAUGAAGUGACAUUGUCAAUCUCAGCUGGUGAGAUGGUCGCUGUUUGCGGUCCUAGUGGCAGUGGCAAGAGUUCAUUAGUCCAACUCCUCUUCCGCCUUCUCGAACCCGACAGUGGUCAAAUUACUGUCGAUGGGCUCGAUCUUAGCUCUAUCUCAUGCCAGGACAUCCGAUCGUCUCUCUCAUGCAUAUCUCAGGCAGUGACCAUCCUUCCCGGUACUGUACGACAAAACAUAGACCCACUUGGGAAAGAAUCGGAGGAGAGUGUUACCAACGUGCUGAAAGAGGUCAAACUGUGGGACAUCGUGUCGACGCAACUUGGCGGUUUGGACGGCCAGGUGCAGGAAGAAAGCUUCUCGCAGGGACAGAAGCAGCUUUUGCGCUUAGCUGCUGCUAUGCUGAGGAAGAGCAAAGUUGUUGUAUUGGAUGAAGCGACUACUAAUUCUCUACCAAACAGUGUCGACCCCGAAACUGACGCUCUCAUGCAGCGUCUCAUCCGGACAGCAUUUGCAGACUGCACAGUUAUUGCAGUUGUUCAUCGACUCCAUACGAUUCUUGAUUUCCACAAAGUAGUUGUCAUUGAGAGUGGACGCGUCGUCGAGUGUGGCGCUCCGAAAGACUUGCUGGCCGAGAAUGGCCUGUUCAGUCAACUCUACGGGAGAGGUACCACUACCUCCACCACCACAGACAUGGAUCCUGAGAAGUCAUGGCUCAAGAUAUAAACAUUUCGUACCCACGCGCUUUUAUCUCUUGGCUGGGCUUCCUACGGUGUUGUUUUCAGGCGUUGUGCUU